AUGUUUCAGAAGGAGAAAAAAGAACUGGAUUUUGUCACCAAUGUGUUGCAUGAUUUAUUUGAACGGGGAGACAUUGGCACUUAUAAUCCAAAUUUACCGCUGGAAGACCAAAUUGAACUAUUGCCUUACGAGCAUCAGUGGGAGAUCCCUAGGGAUAGGCUGAAAUUAGGUGAAACUCUCGGACAUGGGGCAUUUGGUCGGGUCGUAAAAGCAGAAGUUGUUGGUCUUACGGAAGAAGACUCGACUACAGUUGCAGUUAAGAUGCUCAAAGAUGCCGCAAGUAGUGAACAACAGAAAGCUCUCGCUGCUGAACUGAAAAUUUUAAUUUACAUCGGUCAACACUUGAAUAUCGUGAACUUAUUAGGCGCAGUGACGGAGAAUCUAUCUCAAGGUGAACUAUUUGUCAUAAUGGAAUAUUGUUGCUUUGGAAAUCUGAAGCAGUUUUUGCUGAAGCAUAAAAAGACGUUCAUCAAUCAGGUAGACCGCAACUCCGGAGAGCUCGAUUUCCAAAUGCCGACCCUCUCUGACUCCCGUUUUGGGAACAUCGAAGAUAAUAUGAUCAUUUGCUUCAACAUCUUGGAUUUAGAAUUGAAACAUCCACACUACAGGAGUCAAUGCCACCAGAAUGCCGAUGUUUCUGUACAUACACAAAGGGCAAAUGAUUCCGGUACUGAAACAUCGGGAGGCUUUGACAGCACCUCGAGUAGUGACCACAGCAAAAGUUCAUCCAGAAAUCCCCCUGUCUCGCCCACAGAUGGUGGCAGCAACGAAUCGGUGAAAACCCAGUGCAUAACGACGUGCGAUCUCAUCUGCUUUGCUUUCCAAUGUGCCAGAGGCAUGGACUAUUUGGCCUCGAGAAAAGUAAUCCACAGAGACCUUGCAGCAAGAAAUGUUCUUUUAGCCAAAAAUAAUGUGGUCAAGAUCUGUGACUUUGGAUUGGCAAAGGACUGCUACAAUUAUUCAAAAUAUGUAAAAAAAUCAAACGGGUUAUUACCUGUAAAAUGGAUGGCAGUUGAAUCAAUUCAUCACAGUAUUUACUCCACGAAAAGCGAUGUGUGGUCGUUUGGAAUAUUUCUUUGGGAAUUAUUUACAUUAGGCAGCAAUCCGUAUCCAGGAGUAGAAGUGAAUGAAGAAUUUUUUAAAAAGCUCAAGAAAGGGUAUAGGAUGGAAAAGCCCGAACUGGCUCCAGACAUAAUAUAUUACUUAAUGAAGAAUUGUUGGGUGAAUGAUCCAAACUUGCGUCCAGACUUUGAUUUUCUUGCCGAAGAAAUAAGAAGCUUAUUGGAAACAAGUGUAAAAUUAUAUUAUGAGGAGAUGAGUCAUCUUUAUCAAGCUUUUAAUGAUGAAAGGAGGAACAGUGAUUAUCUUCGAAUGGCCGGCUCAAGUUUUGAAGAUGACCGGCUGGUGGCGUGA